AUUUGUAAUACUGAGCUAUUUGAUAGGUCAAGUCAAGGUCAUUCGACUUUAGUAUCUAUUGUUUACUCGUGCCGGUUAACUCUCAAAGAAAAAUCAGUUCUCUGCAGACAUAUACUACGAGGAUUAACACGUGUACUGGCCACAAAAGCCCACUUACAUCAUUAUUGGACUGUAUUGGAUAUUGGAACAUUUAGCGGCCGUGGUAUCUGUUAUGAACCAAAGUCAUGAGAAGGUUUAUGGACUUAGUUUCCCUACUCGGCAGCGGAAAAACGAACAGAAGCUAUCAGUUAGUUCAGUUUUCAAUCAGGAAUCAGAUGAAGAAGAGGAAAGAGAAUUUAAACGAGCUGACUAUUCCCGUUCAAAUACAAUUGCUCAGAGUAAAAUCAAUCGCAAGACAAAAUCAGAUCUAGAAAAAGCUUUUGAGGAGGACCCUUCAAUUUUUCAAUAUGAUGAGGUUAUAGACGAAAUUCAUGAUAAAAAGUCAAAGGAUGUUUCAGAGACAACUGUCAGAAAGUCUAAAUAUGUAGGCAAGCUGAUAAAAGCUUCAAAUGAACGCAAACUUGAAAGGGAGCUCUGUGCUGAACGGAAGGCUCAAAAGGAUAUUGAAAAAGAAGCUGACUUAUAUGGCGAUAAGGAGUCUUUUGUUACUUCAGCGUACAGAGAAAAACUAACAGAGCUUCGUGCACUUGUAACAAAGCAUGUAGAGGAGGAACAAUUGGAAAGUGUUAUGGAUAUUCGUAAACAAGAUGGCCUAGGAGGGUUUUAUCGUUAUAUGUAUGAUUCUCAAGGCAAAGGCAAUGAAUCGGACUCGGCUACAGAAAGCUCUAAUAAACAACAGUCAACUUCACAGAAACAAAAGCCAUCAGAAACAGAUCGUAAAUCUUCACAUGUGGAUAAGCGUUCAACGAAGAAGUUUUCAGAAGAGAACGCUGAUAAUCAUGAAACUAAUGCAGACACCCAACGGAAUAUGAGUGACAAUAGUAACAGCAGUAGUCGUAGCAGUGGUAAAAACAGAGAUUCGUCACCUUCAGUGAAAAAAACUGCAUCAGAUCGUGAAAGACCGACCUCCAGUGCAUCAACAGCGGAUGAUUCUACUCAGUCGAAGAAUGUUGAGUCAAAAUCUGAUCCCCCAUCAAAACCUAACGUGAAACCAGGCGGUAAUAGUGCUUAUGCAAGUAAAAAGGGUACAGCGCAUGUUAUGAUGGCUCGUCCACGUGUAACUACAGAGGAAGAAUUGGCUGCUGCUCGAGAACGUUAUUUAGCAAGAAAAGCUGCUGGAAUACAUGCAGAGAUUGUCGAAUCAGAUUAAGGGUGUAGUAUAUAGUCUGUAUAUGUAUGUAUGUAUAUUUGUAUUUUUCUAAACUUUUACUCAGAGAUAUUCAUCAAAUAUCGAAUGGAAUAAAAGUUAUUCCUUCAUUUUGUAAAUGUAUUAACUUCAUUCUGUUUAAAAAUUGUUGUAAAUAUCUUUUGAAUGAAAAGAAAAAACAUUCACUAUUUUUCCCUUCAUUUUCUCUUCAUCAUGUGAUUUGUGUAGAUUCAAAUGACUGUAGCACAUCAGUUCACUCACUCUGUGCUUCUUUAUUUCUGUCACAGGUUUGUGUUGACAGUGACCGAAGAGGUUGGCUGUCUUUGACGAUAGAUAUUUGUGUUCUAUUUCUCAUAUAUUAAAUGUUAUCAUAUGGUGAG